AUGGGCGAGGUUUGCAAGCUUAAAGUACAAGUGCAAGCACUUGAAGGGCUUUUGCUUCAAUAUUCGGGCGUGAUGAGGGAUCAGAUGAAGAAUUUCACCGAAUCAGACAUCUUGACAAUGCAAACCGGCUUUGCAGCCAACUACAGCGUUCUCAUCAAGGCGAUCAAUGACCUCAGUGAAGAGUCUCAAAGCAAAACAUUCAUACGUCAAGAGAUGAAGAAAAUGGUGCAGUUUGGCAGCUCACUCAGGACGCUAAUUGACGAAAAGCUUCUCACCAUCAAGCGAGACGAUAACGGCUUCUGGGUAUCAGAAACACUAUUUGUGUACCAUGAAAUUUACAAAAUUCUGAGCAAGUUGCAGAGGCACUUGGAAGGAGUCAAUCAGCGGUUUGCGCUGGCUUACAGGGAGGUUGUGUCUGAAGGUUGUAAAAGGUACAUGGAGUGUCCGAAGCCUGAUAAUCCAACGUACUGGCAGGAGAUACUAUUUUACACCGGCAAGUACCACGACGCCAGUUUCUUUGGGUAG